AUGGGUAAAGCAAAGAAAAAGAAGAGGGAUUUUCAGAAAGUGAAACUUAAGGUUGGAAAGCAGCUGAAAAAAGCUGAUAAUGUGACUACAGGCAGUUUCCAGACAAGAUCUAUACAAGUGAUACAACAUCUCAAGUCCAAUGAUUCUCAGCCGAGUACAAAACGAAAUCUUAACAUCAAGGAGCUCCUGACCCAGUGUCAACACUACAGUAUAUCUGUUCGACACGACGCCCUGACAGGAAUGCGUGAACUCUUAACGACCUAUCCUAACCUUAUAAGGUCACACUUGGCAGUGGUUCUUGAACGCGCUGCAUCAAUGUUUUCUGACAAAGAUGCUGCAGUACGACAAGCUGACAUCAAGCUUCUGAAAACUAUCUUACCUCAUAUAUCACAGCGUCAGAUUUCGUCCUUCUUCCCGAUCAUCAGUGCUCACUUGUGUUGUUCGAUGUCACACAUAUAUGAUGAAAUACAGGCGGACUCCCUCAGAAUACUUGAUCUUUUUAUUGAGAAUUUCCCUCAGCUUGUUAUAGGGAGCUCUAAUCAGCUACUUGCUAAUUUUAUUGAACAGAUUUCUUCCUCACAAACCACAGGUGAUAAAAAAAGGACCCUAAAUGUGAAUCCAAACAGAAAAACCACAUCACAAAAAUGGAGAAGCACUGUUCUGGAAAGACUUCACAAAUUGUUAUCAGCUGUUAUAAAGUACCAACUUACUGGUAAAACAAUGGAAAACCAAGAAUCUGAUGAACCAGGAAACCUGACAACCAAGUCUUGUGGGAAAACUGUCAAGUGGGAGAGGGACAGUAAUUCUGGACGUUUACCAAUACCUCAGACAUUUUUAUCUAGGAUUGAAUCUAGUGGCAUGCACAUAAGGUCUGGUCAGAUUUCUAACAAGAAAUCAACAGAAGAAGGAUACGCUCUGACAGGGGAAGGAGGAAUGGAGAAGUUGGUACAGGUGCUGGUUCCUCUUCUGCUGGAAUGCUGGAUAGAAGCUGAGGGUUCACAUCACAUGUCUAAUAAAAAGAGUCACAGUAAAUUAAUUUCCCAAGAAUCCCUGGGUAUCAGGGGAAGUGUUUUACAAGUGAUACAGUUACUAUGGCGAUGUGUAGAUAUAAACAACCCUGCCUUGAUGGCAACAAUGCAGAAGAAAUACUUGGCAGAUUUCAAGAGUCAGUUCCUGCAGAAUUUUCCUUAUGCUGUUCAUCUACCAGCAGAAAGGGCAGAGAAAGUAAAGAAACAAAGCACAGAAGUACAGCCAUCAGCAACAAGUCUAAAUUUAGCAGUUUGUGAUAUAAUGGCCCACUUCAUGUCACAAUCAUCUAGCCAGUUACAAGACAGCAGUGUGGCAUCCUGGGAGUCUGACAUCAUCAGUUACCUAGACGAUGUCAUUCAAGAGGAGGAGCUCAGUCUACAGGACCAGCACAUUGUGAUGAGCGUCAUUAAUCGCCUUAUGUCUCAAUACAAAGACCAAAGCAUCCAUGACAGUUUGCUACAGCAGAUGCUGAAUAGGUACACAGGUUGUCACCUACUUUCCAGCCAACGGAAGGAAUUACUAACGUUUUUUUCUGACAUCUUCUUGGAUUAUCGUUAUGAGGACCUCAUCAACUCCAAUAUGGCUAUCACGUUCCUGAAAACAUUACCAGAGGUGUUUUUCCAGGCUAUAUCAAAUCGACAGAUUUUAACACAAGUAUUAAUGGUGAUGAAAAAAGCUGUCAGCCAAUCCAAAUUGACAACAUCUGUUAUGGAAAUCGUCCAGCAUUUUGUGGAUCAAGUUUUAGAUCAGUCUCCAGCAGUAUUUGACAAACUUGAAAGUAGCACACAGAAAAGGUUUGCAGAGCUGUUAUAUUACAUACCUCCACUCCAGGGGAGUUCACUGUCCUCCAUAGUGAGGCUGUUCCGGCGCCCUCAAGUGUCAGUGGAUAUUUGUUUGUAUAUUCUACAGAUACUACAUCACAGGUACAUGAAGGAGAAGCAGACAGUUGAAGGAGGUACCCACUACAUCAGUACACUACUCAGCAUCCUCAUCACACAUGAUGAUGGUAAUGAAAAAGUAGUGAAAGACCAGGAAACUGAAACUACAUUUAUUCAUCGUCAUGGCAACCAUCAUCUUCACUGUCAUUUUAACCCGGAGAUUUGGAAUAGAAGUUUGAUUUUGAUAAAGGCAGUGUGUUCCACUUAUCAGCAGGUUGAGAAUACAUCACAGGUGGCUGAAAUUUUAGAGUCAUUUCUACAGUCUUAUCUGAUCCAAUUCCAAAGUGAAAAGAGCAAUUUGUCAAGUCAAAACCUGAUGGCCAUUGUUAUGCUAGCCAGUCACAUGAACUGUUGGAAAUGUCCAAUCGGAAGGAAGCUUACAGAGCUUGUGUGUGGUUACAUUUGGUGCUUGUUCAAUAUACUAGUUGCUAAUGGAGAGCAAAUAUCAGAUUUUAUUCAAGAACUUAAAACAGAAUGUGCUGAGUUUGUGAUCUCAGCUGAGUCUGGAGUUAAAGAUUUUCUGGAGAACAUGUCCCAGGAUUACAGAAGUGCUUGUGAUGAGGGAGACGUCCAGAGAGUAUGUGGGGUAGCCUCUAUCUUACUGAGAUACAAAGGAAGUCUAUCCACAUUACACCAACAUGCUGACUCUAUCAACACCAUUCUAACCUCUGUCCAGACCAAGUUCCCAUCUGUAUUAAAUAAACAAUGGUGGUCAGAUUUCCUCUAUCUGGUGUCACUUGUCAGCUGAUGAACAAGUAAAUAGUCAACAUUCAUCUUCAGACCUUGAACGGUCAGCAGCGAAAGACAGGAUCGUUAAUGGCAUCUGCUCUGACUUGUGGUCAUUAAACAGAAAGAGUGGUAAAGUGGUCAUAUUAUGAGACACUGAUCAGCAACUGCACAUGGUGAAAGUGGUUACUUCAUUGGUCAGUGGUCAGCUGAUCCAGGACCCAAAUAUAGCCAUAGACGUUGCAUAUACCUGAUAUGUGACCAUCAGAAAUUUGGAUUUACUUGAUAAAAUUAAUUAAAUGAUUGCCAGUCAAAAUUUCAUACAUUUUCUGUGUUCAAACGAUAAUGGUACUGUGCCAAAAUCAAUUAGUAUCUUUUUAAUACAGCCAUUCAUGAAUGUCUGUAAAUUCUUACAGUGUAAAAUUGUGUCAU